AACCCCACAGCCAGCGAAGUCUACGGCGAAAAAUACCACACGUGGGACAACAGCGUCGCGAACCUGAUCGGCGAGCGCAAGGUGGCAGCGGCGUCGGAACUCUUCUACGUACUGGCGUCGGGGCUGAUCAAGACCUCGGUGCUGCUGUUCUACCGGCGCAUGAGCCAGCGGACGGUGUCGCCGCGGUUCCGCGCGCUGAUCUGGGUCAGCAUCGGGUCGGUGGUGGCCUACAGCGUGGCCUUCGUGCUGGCGCUGUUCCUCUCGUGCCGGCCGCUGCGCGCCUUCUGGCGCCAGGUCGACCCGGCCUGGACCCUGACGCACCACUACCACUGCUACGACGAGGGCGUUCACCUGAUCGCGGCGACCUCGAUCAGCCUCGCGCAGGACCUGCUGGCCACGACCCUGCCCGCCGUGUUCUGCAUCCGGCUGCACAUGCGCCGCCGCCAGAAGGUCGCUCUCACCGCCGUCUUCUCCGUCGGAUAUCUCACGGCUGUCGUCGCGGGUAUUCGCAUCUACUUCCUGUGGCGUAUGUUCUACGCCUCGUACGACGGGUCCUGGAUGGCCUGGUACUGCUGGCUGCUGGCCCUGCUGGAGGUGGCCCUGGCGGUGACCUCGGCUAGCUUGCCGGCCGUCAAGGUGUUCUUCCGC